AUGAGCUCAUUAAGAACGAUUGGAAUCGCUCGGUCUUCUCUCUGUUCCCGAGCCGCAUCGCUCAAAGCGGCCAAGAUAUCUAGGAUGCCCCAUCUUUCCCCUGUGAUUCUGCCGUCUGGCAAGUCGAUGUCAUCACAGCGUUUAGGAGGCGCACAUCUAGGAUCUACCAGCCGCUCUAUAUUCACGAGCAGUCGGAUCCACACGGCGACUGCAGUCAAACGCGAGCCAGCGCCCACACCGGCAACCUCUGAGGAGACCGUCGAAUUACCAGAGACAAAUGCGGACGAUACACGAGUGGCAGUUGGGUGGCCCGAUGGGAUUUGGUCUCGAUACCACCAUUUCUGGCUCCGCGACCAUUGUCGAUGCCCAGAAUGUUUUCAUCCCGUCACCAAACAGCGUAUGGUCGACACAUUUGCACUUCCACCAGAUCUUCAUCCCAAGUCGGUGGUCAGCACGCCUCAUGGGCUCGAGGUCACAUGCAAGUUGCCUUGGCCGACCUCUCCCCCGCAUGUGUCUCUCUACUCAUGGCAAUGGUUGCGGCGAAACUCCUAUGAUCCACAGACAGAGCCGAUAUCGAUUGCAGGAACACAUCCACCACCUGAGCCUGAAGAAAAAAUCCUGUGGGGAGCUGGUAUCGUUCGCGACCCACCCAGUGUGGCCUAUGAGGAAGUUAUGCAUGACGAGUUUGCGGUCUACAAAUGGCUCGAAAAGAUUGACCGCUUCGGAUUCUGUUUCAUCUCCGGAGUUCCAGCCACGACUGAAGAUACUGAGAAGUUGGUGCAGAGAAUAGCUUUCAUCCGCCAUACCCAAUAUGGCGGAUUUUGGGAUUUCACGGCAGACCUUGCACACGGAGAUACGGCGUACACAAACAUUGCACUUCCAGCACACACCGAUAACAGCUACUUCACCGACCCAUGCGGUCUACAAAUGUUCCACUUAUUGAUGCACGAGCAAGGAACAGGUGGUCAGACACUCUUGGUAGACGGCUUCUACGCGGCUUCAAUACUCAAAGAACUUCAUCCAGAUUCUUAUGAGCUACUGUCCAACGUCCUCAUUCCAACGCACUCUGCCGGUGAUGAGGACACCUUGUACAGAGCUCGUCCUUUGUCUGGCAACCCAAUUCUUCGGCAUGACCCUCUCAACAAGAAUACACUUAUUCAGGUUCGGUAUGCCAACGAUCAUCGAAGCGCGAUGCGCAAUGUAGAACCCGGCAUGAUGAUGGACUGGUACAAUGCACUGCGUCACUGGAAUAGCUGUUUGACGAGCUCCGACUCGGAGUAUUGGGUCCAACUUUCACCAGGAACUGUCGUCGUGGUUGACAACCAUCGUGUCCUUCACGGCCGCUCUGCUUUCACGGGCAAGCGCCGCAUGUGUGGCGCAUACGUGGGUUUAGACGACUGGCGAGCAAGAUUAGAUGCACUUCGUGGUAAAUAUUUAGGAGGAAACCGUGAUACUACAGGAAGGAGUGUGUGGGACCCAGCGUUCUAA